AUGGACUGGGCGGCGGGACAUGGGUAUCUGGAUGUGCUGCAGCUGCUGCACGACGCUGGUAGCAACGCUUGCUCGACAGGCGCAUUGGACGACGCUGCGUUCCACGGUCAUCUGGACGUGGUGCAGUGGCUUCACCGCCACCGCACCGAAGGCGGGACGUCGGCGGCCGUCGACUCUGCCAUUGCAGCCAACCGCCAUGACAUUGCGGCCUUUCUGCGCUCGCACUGCGGCCUUUGGAUCUCGGACAGAGCGCUCUAUUCUGCCGCCCUUGCGGGCAACCUUGAGGCGGUCCGUUAUCUCGACCAAGAAUGCCACGCGUCCUGUGGCGCCAAAGUCAUGGACGUCGAAGCGAGAAACGGCUGUACGAAACAGGCUAUGGACUAUGCUGCCGGCGCAGGGUACCUCGAAACAGUGAUUUGGCUGCACGAGCACCGAGGCGAAGGCUGCACGACGGACGCGAUGGACACUGCGGCCCAAGAAGGCCAUCUUGACGUCGUGCAAUGGCUGCACGCGAACCGAUUGGAAGGGUGUACGGUUCGCGCCAUGGAGAACGCGGCCAUGGGCGGCCACUUGGACGUGGUGCGCUUCUUGCAUACCCACCGAAGCGAAGGCUGCUCGCAAGAUGCGAUGGCCUCUGCAGGAUCGUUCGGGCACUUGGCGAUUGUUGAGUUUCUCCACCAGCACCGCACUGAAGGCACAACGACAAAUGCUAUCGACUGGGCCGCGGCGACCGGCCAACUUGAGGUCGUCCAAUGGUUGCACGCAAACCGCUCUGAAGGGUGCUCGGCGCUGGCUUUCUACUACGCUGCACGCAACAACAAGGCGGAGAUGCUGCAGUUUCUCGUGGGCCUCCAAGGUACGAAGGCGCUGCAGGUAGCGGCUGUUGCACGUGCUCGCCGCUGCCAAGAUAUGGUCGCCUUGAAAAACCUCCAAGCAGCCGGCUGUGCAGGUGCGGAGGUCGUGAAUACCGAAUAA